CUACAUACGUGCAAUGUGCGUCUCUGGCGUCUCUGGCGUCUCUCUCUCUGUCUUUCUGUCUCUGACUUUCUCUGGCUGGCAAUCAAAACACGAUUAGUACGAAGAAGACGAUGACGACUGUGGAGUCUGUGGUAUAUCUAUAACUCUAUAUAUAUAGGACCCUGGGAUGCCGGGCAACGAAACAAAAACUACACAAACACUCUAUGCUCUAUUAACUAAAAAAAGAAGCUGCAGGCGAUUCCAAUGGCUUCCUUCUUCCUUCUUCGCGCGAUCGCUUCCGUCGUUUCUUCCUCCUCUUCCUUUCCCUUGGCUCACCUGAUUUUCAGGUCACCUCGCCUCCGUUGCAGAAUUUUCUAGUAAGGUCCAACUGAGAAAAAGCCCAAAGCCAGGAAAGAGGCAAGCCCAAACCCACAAGAUCAACAACCAAUAAAUUAGAAAAGAUGGGUUUCUGGACACUUUUCCAAGUGGCUUCAAUGCCAGUAUUAGAGGUCCUCCUCAUUGGUGUUCUGGGGGCUUUCAUGGCAACCGACUACUGCAGUCUACUACUCAAUGCAGAUGCUCGCCGAUACCUGAACAAGAUUGUGUUCGUUGUGUUCGCUCCAUCUCUCGUGUUUGCAUCUCUAGCUAAGACUGUCACGCUUGAAGACAUUAUUUCAUGGUGGUUUAUGCCGGUUAACAUCGGCCUAAUCUUCUUAAUUGGAGGAAUUCUUGGAUGGAUUGUUGUAAAAAUACUGAAACCCGAGCCACAUCUGGAAGGCCUUAUCAUUGCUGCAUGUUCAGCAGGAAACUUGGGAAACCUUAUGUUGAUAGUCGUCCCUGCAAUAUGUGACGAGGAUGGCAGCCCAUUUGCUGAUAAUAAAUUCUGCAGCUCCGCUGGGCUCUCCUAUGCAUCUUUCUCCAUGGCGCUUGGAGGUUUCUUUAUCUGGUCUUACACCUACUAUCUUAUAAAAACUUCGGGAAUAAGGUACAGAGCACUUCAGGCAGCUGAAUCAAUUCUAAAGCUACCAAACACAGAUCCAGAUGCCACCGGUGAAGCUCACCUUCUCAAAACAGAUGACCUAGAAAAAGCCAAGGUCGCUGAUGAGUAUACAGGAAAUCAAGUUUUAUCAAGUGAGAGAGCAGAAGAGAAGAGGACAUUCUGGGAAAAACUAAAAGGAGUUAUUCAUCAGCUUCUAGAAGAGUUAAUGGCACCUCCGACCAUUGCCGCAAUCGUGGGAUUUAUCUUCGGAGCAACGCCUUGGUUGAAGAAUCUUAUCAUCGGCGACGAUGCUCCUCUGAGAGUAAUCCAAGACUCUAUCACUCUACUAGGGGCUGGGACACUACCCUCCAGUAUCCUUAUCAUCGGGGGUAACCUUACCAAAGGUUUGCGCUCGGCAAGAUUAAAGCCCUUGGUGAUCAUUGCUGUCGUUUUUGUGCGGUAUAUGAUUCUCCCUGCCAUCGGGAUCGGCGUAGUUAUAGCAGCUGGCAAAUUUGGGUUACUCCCGUCGGACCCAUUAUUCCGAUACGCGCUAAUGGUACAAUUUACUCUGCCUCCUGCCAUGAGUAUCGGUACCAUGGCACAGCUGUUUGAUGUGGGCCAAGAAGAAUGUUCCAUCAUUUACCUGUGGACCUACUUGAUUGCAGCACUCGCCCUUACAGUUUGGUCCACCAUCUACAUGUGGAUCCUAAGUUGAAAAGCUUUGGCAAAUGAAAUCCAUUAUUUCUAGUAGGCCCCUAACCCGUACAAUUAUUGUCCAUUUCAGUCAAUUGUAACUUAUAGCAUCAGCAAUACUGUAGUGUUAUAUUCAUUUUUUUUUUCAAAUAAGUAUGCAAUAGAAAGCUAUUCUAGUCCCAAA